CGCUGCGAGUGCAAGGAAGGGCCGAGCUCUCACUGGCAAAGAACAUCGGCUGCUGACCAGUGCGGGUCACCGGGAGGCUGUGGGCUGCCUGGAUCCCUGCCUGCCUGAGAUGGGUCACCCAGGCUGACCAGCCAGUUCCUGCUGGAGGCUCCUGGUGUCAUCUGGGAGACCAUGUCCAAGCACCCCAACCUCCUGCUAUGUCUGCUCCGAGCUGUCCCAAGGCAACGAGUCUGUACCUUGUUCAUCAUCUUCUUCAAGUUCAUGUUUUUCAUCUCUGUCAUGAUCUACUGGCAUGUUGUGGGAGAGCCCAAGGAUCAAGGGCAGCUCUAUAACCUGCCUACAGACAUCCCCUGCCCCACCUUGGCACCCCCUAUCCAGCCCUCCAGCACCCCCACUCCAGGCAACAUUUUCUUUCUAGAAACUUCAGACCGGACCAACCCCAACUUUCUGUUCAUGUGCUCAGUGGAGUCGGCUGCCAGGACUCACCCUGAAUCCCACGUGGUGGUCCUGAUGAAGGGGCUGCCCCGCGGCAAUGCCUCCCUGCCCCGGAACCUGGGCAUCUCACUUCUGGGCUGCUUCCCCAAUGUCCAGAUGCUCCCGCUGGACCUGGAGGAGUUGUUCCGGGACACACCACUGGCAGCGUGGUAUGUAGCUGCGCAGGGGCGGUGGGAGCCCUACUGGCUGCCGGUGCUCUCUGAUGCCUCCAGGAUCGCGCUCAUGUGGAAGUUUGGGGGCAUCUACCUGGACACAGACUUCAUUGUCCUCAGGAACCUGAGGAACCUGACCAAUGCGCUGGGCAUCCAGUCCCGUUAUGUCCUCAACGGUGCCUUCCUGGCCUUCGAGCGCCAGCACACGUUCAUGGAGCUGUGCAUGCGCGACUUCGUGGCCCACUACAACGGCUGGAUCUGGGGCCACCAGGGCCCACAGCUGUUCACACGGGUCUUCAAGAAGUGGUGUGCCAUCCACAGCCUGCAGGAGAGCCGCGCCUGCCGCGGCGUCACCACCCUGCCCACUGAGGCCUUCUACCCCAUCCCCUGGCAGAACUGGAAGAAGUACUUUGAGGACAUCAGCCCCAAGGAGGUGGUCCAGCUGCUUAAUGCCACCUACGCUGUCCACGUGUGGAACAAGAAGAGUCAGGGCACACGCUUCAAAGCCACGUCCAGGGCACUCCUGGCCCAGCUUCACGCCCACUACUGCCCCACGACACACGAGGUCAUGAAGAUGUACUUGUGAGGAGCUCACCAGGCCACCACUCCACCCACCCCUGAUGGAGACAGGUGCCUGCCCCUCUUCUGGGGAGGCGAGAUGGCAGGACCUGGGGUGGGGAGUGCGCUGGGGCCACCUAGCUGGGCAGACUGCUGAGGAGUUAUUGCAGUAGCCACAGUAGGCCCUGGAGACAGCCCCUCCAAGCCAGAGAGGCUGUGGACACCUUCCUGGCCACUGCCCUGUCUCAGGCCAGUGCUGACAAGUGGUGCCAGAGCCAGCUGGAAUGAGCUUGGUGAGUGUCCCAGGCCUCCUAGACCUCAGUACCUCCCAGGUAGUGCAGGGCAGCCAAGUGAAGCCAGGCAGUGGGGGCUGAGCUGCCCUGGAGGGAGCUUAGAGAGCCCAAGCAAAGGGGAUAAGGGAGGAGGGGAGAGGCUCCUGGAGGGGAGGAGGCAGCCAGUGGGAGGGCACACACCAGUCCUAGGGAAUUUUUCAGAUGGAAUGAACAGGGGUGGAGGCAGGUGGAGCUGGCUGAGAGCCUUUCCAGAGAGGCCCCUCCUACCCACCUAUCCUUUCUGCUUCCAGAGAUUCUGCCUACUGGCUUGGGCAUCGGAGCAUGGAGGUUCUUUUGGCUCAGUAGAAG